AUGGCCGAAUCCAAUCGACAAUCACCCACCCACAACAACAACAACCAUGGCACUAAGCCCGAAAUGAGCGCAGCCAGCAAUGGGUCUGCCAAAAAAGACCAAGAAAAUCCAGAAGAACAGCCGCUCAUCGAAGAUGGGGUAGCUCCAGCUGUAUCCCCCACCAGUGACAGCAAAAACGGUAGCAUCAGGUCCAAACUGAAACUAGCUAACAUCUAUGCCAACCCCAUACCAAGCCACGAGUCAGAAAACGGUUCGUUGGACGACAAACCAGUACUGCACGUUCAGUUCAACAGCGAAAACAACAGUAACACCUCCGUCAUGAAACAGCAGCCUCCCAUCGCAGCUUCAAGCUUAUCUUCAAGCUCAUCCUCCUCUUCUUCUUCCUCCUCUAGCGAAUCCAUCGACAUCUCCGAAGCCAGACCACCAGACGGUGGCUGGGGUUGGGUCAUAGUCUUCGCCUCCUUCAUAGUCAAUCUCAUAGCUGACGGCAUCACUUUCAGCUUCGGGGUGAUUUUCGUCGAGUUCUUGAAUUAUUUCGGGGAAAACAGAGGCACUACCGCUUGGGUAGGGGGGCUCUUCAUGGCCAUGCCUCUGCUGUCAGGGCCAGUAGCCUCCUUCUUGACCGACCGAUACGGUUGCCGGCGAGUGACCAUUUGCGGGGCUCUAAUGGCAUCGGCAGGUUUCAUCAUAAGUUCUCGAGCUAAUUCCAUGACAGUGCUUUGCAUCACUUUCGGUAUUCUAUCUGGGUUCGGCUUGAGCCUUUGCUAUGUAGCCUCGGUGGUUAUAGUGGCUUACUACUUUGAUAAGAGGAGGUCUUUUGCUACAGGUCUGGCUGUUUGCGGUAGCGGCAUAGGGACUUUUAUUUUCGCGCCUUUGAUACAGAUACUUCUGGACGAGUAUGGCUGGAGGGGGACGACUUUGAUCCUGGCAGGGCUCUUUUUGAAUCUGGUCGUUUGUGGUUGUCUGAUGAGAGAUCUUCCAUGGACGUCGGAGAAAUUGAAAUCGCAAGCUAAAGAGAGGAAGCGUACAAGACACCUCAAACGGAAGAACAGAGGGUCAUCAGUCGAUUCGUGUUCCAUAAGUAACAGUACUAAUACGCCAAGCGUGCUUCAGCCUAUAGCGGAAGCUGCACAGGAAGAGGAAAAUGCUACGAUUGAAGACAAGCUCUACAGUUCCUUGGUGAAUUUGCCUACGUACGUUAAGAACGGAGAAAAAGUGCCUAUGGAAGUUUUAGAGCUACUUUCAACUCACAAGAACGUUUACAACGUACUGUUGCUGAACUACCCGAAUCUAUUGACUCCUUCGAGAAGCUUCAGCGACUCCGGGAGGCUUCACGAAGGUUACCUAGCCUCCAAGCACGCAGCCACGCAAUCUCAGUUGUCUCCUCCUGCAGCUAACAGCGAAGACCCCAGCAAAGCCAACGCCAACGACAUCGCUUACAUGUGGCUGCUGAAGAAAGGCCAGACGAAUGCUUCCCGAGCAACUCCUCCCAAGAAGACGACCACAGCCUAUCUGAGGGACCUUAGGAUACACAGGCUCUCGGUGACGUACAGGGGGGCCAUGCUGAACAUACACAGGUAUCGGCUGAGGGCCAGUUCUUGCCCUGACAUCUACAAGAACUCGAUGACUACCAUAGCGAAAGAGAAGGUGCAGUGGUACGCGGGACUGUGGGACUUGUGGGAUCUGCUGGUGGAUAUGUUCGAUUUUUCUCAUUUCGCUGAUCCCAAGUUCCUCGUGUUCGCGAUGUCGAAUUUUCUGUUGUACACUUGGUACGACGUGCCGUAUGUGUACUUGACGGACUAUGCCAGGGAGAAUAAGUAUUCGGAGAAGGACGCCUCGUUGUUGAUAUCGAUCAUCGGGAUCGUCAAUAUGGUGGGAGAGAUAAUCCUCGGAUGGGCAGGCGACAGAUCGUGGGCGAACGCGGGCAUAAUCUACGCGGGCUGCAUGGGCCUUUGCGGGGCCGUGAUAGCCCUCAUCCCCGUGGUGACCGACUACGGGCUGCUGUUGUCCCUCUCAGGAGGCUUCGGCUUCUUCAUCGCCGCCAACUACUCGCUCACCUGCAUCAUCCUGGUGGAGCUGAUUUCGUUGGACAGGUUCACGAACGCCUACGGGCUGUUGUUGCUGGUGCAAGGGGUGGCCAAUCUCAUUGGUCCGCCCUUAGCAGGUUGGAUUUAUGACAUCACUAGUACCUACAACUUGUCCUUCUACCUUUCCGGUCUGUUCAUAGCAAUAUCUGGUCUCAUCCUGAUUGUUAUACCAGUUUCCAAUUACUACAAGAGAACGAUGAUGCUGAGACAGCAGAAAUCCUACGAAUCUUCCGUGAAGGAGGAAUCUCCGAAUGAAAAGGAACAUUUCGAUGGUUUGCGUGAAUCUGUGGAGGUCAGCAACGAAAUGCGUAAGGAAUUGGUGAAAUCCUCCAGCGGCACCAAUUCUGCCAACAGAGACGGCAACAGCGAGAAACAGCUCGAGAAGAACAGCCCGAACAGGGCGCUGUUUAUCAUCAGCAUCGUGUAG